CUUGACAGGCAACAAAAAAGGAAGAUGCAAUCCCAGAACUCACAAAAACGUUUUAACGGCAUUUCAUAAAGAAGAAAAAAAUGAAGAGCCCGUAUUUUCUUCUCGCAAUUCUCCUUGGAAUCUCAGGAAAAUCUCAGUCUACGAAAAUCAAGGUCGUUAAAGGAAACGACCCAGGACCAUGUUCAAAAAAAAGCAGUGGAAAGAUGACGUUGGUUCGCGAUCGACAAAACAAACCUAAACUCUUGAUGUGUUCUAAAGUUAACGGUAUUUUUGGAUGGAGAACAAUAGAUGGUUCUAGUUCUCCAGGAGAAUUUUUUGACCCUGUAUACGACUGCUCAACCAUAUUGGAUAAAGAUCCAAAAGCUAAAGAUGGAUUUUAUUGGAUAACACUUGGAGAAAAGAAACCGAAAAAGGUUUAUUGUGACAUGACAACUGAUGGUGGUGGGUUCAUGUUGAUUGGUCGAAAAAAUACAUCCGUUACAUGGACAGUACCAUCCAACAGCAAAACCGUGGAACCAUUUGGUGAACCUCAUUGGAUAAGUUCAUUAGGAGAGGCACCGAUGGUUGAUUUUAGAGUACAAAUGGCAAUUAAAGAUGAUUUUAAGACAACUAAAGCUCAUUGGUUUUACAGAUUUCAAAAUCCACGAAAAUUAAAAAAUCUGAUGAUUUACAACAAAGGAGGCUGUACAAAAACAUCACCUGGUAUUGGUGACGUUAAAUUUGUAAAAGAUCUGAUGACUGAAAGCAUUGUGACAACAAAUUUUCGUUGCUCAAAGUUUGGAUUGGCACACAAUGAAAGAGCACAGUUUGGAUGGGCAAAAAUGAACGACUGUUUAAGCAGACCAUGUCCUUGGGGAUUUGCUUUUCACCACAAAUAUCCCCUUCAAAUUGACUUUUCUGGAGCAUUCAGCUACAGCACGACAAAUGCAAUUUCUGGUAUGGAGUUUGGAGCGACGGCAUUGGUUGGAUGUGAUAACAGGAAGUGCUGUGGGUGUUAUAGUCCUAAGAAUGGUAAGAAAAAUUAUUGUUUUAAAGAAUGUGAGGCAAAGAAUGGCGGAACAAUUAAGAAAAAUGUUUUCACUUGGUUUUGGGUGCGCUCUCGUAUUCCUACAAGAAAAUGGAGGAAUUGUAUGGAUUACAAAGUUAUUAAAAAUGGAACUGCUGUUUGGUACAAGUUACUGGGUAGUAAUGAAGUACCUGUGAAAGGUCGUUGUACAAAAGAUGAACUAUUGUUUUAUGAAGGAAUGAUUGUUGUACCAGAUAAUAACACCUUGAAAAAAGUUCCAAAUAUUGAAGGAAUGAUGGUUUAUCGUAAAGACAAAAAUAAACUUUAUGUUCAAGAGGACAAACAACUAAAGGCAUUGGCUGAAGAAAAAAAGAUUCUUCGGACGCUGAACAAAGAUAUUUCUAAGCUCGAAAAUGAAAUCAAAACCAUCAACGUUACUUUUGUUACCUCAUUCCUUUCUUAUGAUAUCUCAGCCUCAAAGAUACUCAGACGGGAACCAGAAAGAUUUUUGAAACUGUUAAAGACUUGGUUUUUAUUUAAUAAACUCACUCGUUGUUGGAGAGCCACUUAUGAUGGAUGGAAUUCAAGAAUUUUCCACUCAAGAUGUGAUAAUCAAGGAAAAACAAUAACUUUAGUUAAAGUUGGGAAAUACAUCUUCGGUGGAUAUUCAACGUAUCAAUGGGGAGGUUCAAGUGGUUAUCGAACAAGUUCCAGUAAUUACAUUUUCUCACUUCGUAACAAAGACAAUUUAAGUCCAUUUAGAUCGCCAGUUUAUCGUUACAGCGAUCAGGCCAUUUAUACUAACCCUAGCUAUGGUCCCACUUUUGGAGCGCAUGAUAUUUACAUCGCAAACAACGCAAACAAAAACAGAAAUUCCUACACCAACUUAGGAAACACCUAUCGUCCUCCAUCUGGUUACAGAUAUAGGAGUAGUAACACCAGAGCUCUUCUUGCAGGUUCACGCUACUUUACACCUGAUGAAGUUGAAGUUUAUUAUUAUGUUUAAUGUUUCAUAUGAACUUCACGUGAUCUCCAGAAUUAUUGUCAAUUUAGCCACGUAUAUCAUGUAAUGUUUAAAUAGAAUUUGUAUAUCGGCUGCUAGUUGUAGUGGAAUGUGGUUAUUUCAUAUAUCAUAAUGACAUACUGUUUGUUACUGCGGAUAAUCGAUUGGUUGUUUUUUUUUUAUGAUUAAAUCGUUGAAUGCGUCCGA